AAAUCCCUUGGGAAUGGCUCUCAAACCGCACACACAAAUCCGUCUCGCUUGGGUAUUCUUGAGAACUCCCCAUAUCCGCUGGUGGCGGCCACGGAACUCCAGAGGAUGUUCGGAGUUGGAGACGUGGUAUGGGUUCAUUUUUAUGGGAUUGUUGGCGGAUGGCCUGCGCAGAUAUUGGAACAGCAACAGCCACAGGAGGAAAAUGGGGGAGCUGUGCUUGUGCAGCUUCUUGGAGAUAAGAGAACGGUGCGGUCAUGGGUCACCACUGGUUCCCUUUAUCGGUGGACUCCUAAAAUUCGAACUUGUUUUGGUUUGGAACAUGAUGCCAUACAGGAGUUUCAUGCAGCAAAGAAGGAAGCUGCAUCCAUCCACAGGAAGGCCAAGGAAGGAGUCCCUGUGGUUCCAAAAUCUAGCAAGCGCGGUUCACAGCUAUGGACUUCAGCCUUCACUGUCAAGAUUUUGAGAAAAGGCACCAACAGCUGGAGCAGCAGCACCAGCAGUUGCAAAAAAUGUUACAGCAGCUGCAACAGCAACUGCCGCAGCAGCAACUGCAGGAGCAUCAAGAUUCACUGCAGCAGUCGGAGCAGCAGGUGUAUGACCAGCAGCUUGGCAAGAAGCAGCCGAGCAAGAAGCAGCAGGAGGUCCAGCAGCAGCGUGACCAGCAACAGGGUGACCAGCAGGGUGACCAGCAACAGGGUGACCAGCAGCAGCAUAAGGAUCCAUCAGCUUCAGGUUGCAUGUAGCCCUGCUUUGCUGGCCAAGGAAGGGCGUUGUGAUUUCAGGAAGGGCCCGGUCUUGUGGCAUCGUGAUUGUUAUGCGCAUGUCAGACGUGUCACCAGAAGUUUCCGGAUUGUUUUGACCCAUGCACUGAAAACAGUGGAAUAUUGGCGAGGCUUCUGGUGUCAGUCUGAUCCUUCUGUCCGCCCUCCUUUAUCUCGCCUCGAGUGUUUCAUGGACUCAGGGCUGUCAGUGCCCCCUCCCCACGCCCUUACAAGAGGUGGUGAGGGGAUCUCUCUCCGAAUUCUGCCUUGAGAGGGUAUUAUAACUUGGCACUGUUUCCAGAACUCUUGUACCAAGUACUAUACCG